AUCCCUUUGCCUCCAUAUCUUUCCCUACCUCUCACCUUUGCCUCACUUCUGGACUCUGCCUUACACUCAAAUCUGGCCAUGCCUUUACCCAGUUUGUCCCCUGCUAAACCAGUAGUGGAGAGCAGCCCAGAGACCCAAGAAGGUGUACUGGAUGCUGCCAAACCAGAGGAAGCUCAGGGAGCUCAGGGAGCUCAGGGAGCUCAGGGGGCAGAGGGAGCAAAGGAGGCUUUGUGGCCUGCACGCCAGGAUUUGCCUCCUGCAGGCACCAUAGCACCCCCAUCUGGCAAGGAGGACCAGUCCUCCAGUACAAGCAUGGGAACUCAGGAAUGCCUGGCAUCCGAGCCUCCUGAGGGGGAAGAGGGGAAAGCAGAAGAAAAGGCUGCAGUCGAGUCUGACCAGGAAGAGCGCCUCCUUCCUCUCUCAGAGAUGAUCCCAUACAUCUCCUGUUCUAUUUGCAAAGGCUACUUAAUAGAUGCAACAACCAUUACAGAGUGUCUUCAUACCUUCUGUAAAAGCUGCAUCGUAAAACAUUUUGAACAUAGCAACAGAUGUCCAAAGUGCAACAUUAUAGUGCAUGAGGCCAAACCUCAUAAUAACUUGAGGAUGGAUCCACAACUACAAAACAUAGUGUACAAAUUAGUGUCAGGUCUAGAGGAAAAGGAAAAAAAGCAGAGGCGUGAAUUCUAUAAAGAAAACCGUGGGCAAACACCAAAACCCGCUGCUGUUCCACAGCCAGGCCCUUCAAGUGAAGAGAACACCAAGGAAGUUGUGGACUAGUGUCUUAGUUUAUGCGCACUGGUAUGUCUUUAGUACUGGAGUCUAUGAGUACUAAUGCAUACAUUGAAUAUGUUAAUCCACUGAAAACCACAUUUAUCUGAGUCUCAGGAAGUGCAAGCACUGGACAUAGAGAAACAUUUCUCAAGAGAACAAUGUGCUUUGCUGCAGUCUGUCAAAUAGAUACCACAAGCAGUGGUCAGUUGCUGAAGGACUUUCAUAAUCUACAAGUACAGUAGGGGAUGUAGGGUGGUCUGCUGCCUUUAUUAAGGUCUCCUCUCAAAAUGACUUGCUACAGUUAUUAUGGAAGGACAGACUGUAAGAAGGCCUUUGCAGAACCGAAUCUUCCAG